CAUAUUGCAAUUCACAGUUCAUCCUAAUUCUGCGCCAGCGAGGAUCGACUCCUGUGGUUUGCGUGACUCCUAAAUUAACUCUGGACUUCUCGUCAUUAGUAUAUGCAGUCGCGUGCGGACCCGAUUGUGCAAGAGUCUCCUUGAUGUCGUCUAGCCGACCAUUCCGAUCUCUGCGUCAAAAUCACGCAAUGGGUCACAAUCUCACUGCUCGAUCCUCUCUCCAGGCCGUCAUGCCUUUCCACGAUCGAGAUCUGUCACGAAAUGCCGUGGUAACAUAUGUCGAGGAACUUCCUCGACGCGGGGUAUAAGAGUUGAGGCACUUUCCCGGCUUAUGACUCAGUAUCAGCUCGCUGCUCUUGAAUCGCCCACCUAUCUAUCCUUCAGCUAUGGGUCUCUCGCUCGUGCCACCUCAGCCCUCUGAUGUUUCGCCUCCCAAAACCACCGUGGCCGAUGCUGGUCAUCGGGAGGACAGAGACCCGCACAAGCUGCCGGUCUUCGACGUCAAGAGUAUGGAAGCACCCACAACUUCUACACUCUACCUGCCCCCGCUGCUUUCUUCAUUACCCCACGCUUUGCCUCCAAUUGAAACCCAUGACCCGAAACUUGCCACGGAGACACGUCUCCCCGACAUUGAUCCUGUUUCGUUGUCCUUGCACAAAGCUUUGCACAAAUUCCGCCCCAUACACUCUGACUACUCUUUGGUCACAUAUGCCGAUGCUUUCAAUUGGAACGAGCUCGAGCUCCCAGAAGAUGAAGAGCGGGAGUGGUAUUGCGUCGCAUUCCGGAGCAAGCGGAAGGCGGGUAGUGAUAGCACACCUCUUUACGAAGCGGAUAAAAAGGCACACGAAGAGGCAAUUUCCAAUGGAGGACUCAUCCUGUACUGGUAUGGCGUGCCUCACGCGGAGACAGGCAUGAACCUCGCGACUUGCAUCUGGCAAUCACGCAAGCACGCACGCGCAGCCAAUUCACGUCCACAUCAUAUUCGUGCAAUGAGGCUUGCCGCCAAUUCAUAUGAGGUGUACCAGCUUGAGCGAUACAAAUUGACAAAAGCCAAAGGGACUCGUCACCUCGCUGUGGAGCCAUUCGAUGGCGAAGAAGUUGGGUGGUGACGUAUUUUCUUGAACCUGCGUUCCCUUUCCUCUGGGCAUAUAGAUGAAUGAUUACCAUUAUUACUACACUAUACCCUUCCGCUUUCGUUUUCGAGGUAUCUUGUCACUUGCUCUGGACCUCACGAGGUCAACGCUUGUCCUAAUUAUAGUCUGUGUGUGCUUGCCCUAUCAAUAGAGAACGACAUAAAUAUCUGGC